CCAUGGCCUGCAGCGAGCGUAUUGGGUGCGACUAACCUAGUCAGUCUAGUGGCAACUCAUGCCCUCCACGUACACCGGGGGGCCGGGAGUACGAAGCAAACGUUGUUUACGGGUUUUGUGACAGUUUUCGUCGAUUUUACUACGUGUACGUGAAAUUGGGAAGCUGCCUGUCACUUCACUCAAUUCCUCUGUACUACUAAGAAGAUUACCCAUCAACAACCCUGUAUAUCCAGAGACGAGUUAAAGCGGGUCUUUAGUGAAGAAUACCAGCCUCAGUAUCGAGCACAGUGCUUAGAAAUGAAGAAUUUGGUUCCUACUCUGGCCAAAACAGGGUUGUUAGAGAAGCCAUCAAAUAAAGACAACUCUGAUGUUAAUUUUAAAUGGAACCGCAUAGAAGAACUUGGUUUUAAUACAGGAGAAAUUCCAGACAAACUUCCAAGUAAGCUGUGCAAACCAAAGCCACGAUUUAUUAUUAGUCAGAGGUAUACACAGGAGCGAGAGAAUCAGCAGCGCCCAGAUGGUGUGUCAAGUGAAAAAUGUGACAUAUGUAAGGUUCCUCUGAGCCCCUCUACGAUAGAAGAGCACAAGAAAGAAGAACUUCAUAACUUGCGUGUUGCUUACCGCCGAAGCAGGAAGAGCUUCGAUGAGGGAAAGCACCUACUGGCCGUGAAAAUUUUGGGCCUUGAUUUAGAUAAAGUGCAGCCCGGAGCAGUACUACAGAAGUCAUGUCGAGUUGGUCAGAAGUAUGAAAUUCAAGUUGAGUUUACCAGUCUGUUAGACAUGAAAGAAAUGUUUCUUGAAAAAAUCAUACCUCUAAUACCACAUAAAGAUGUGAAGUUGGGGGAAUUUGAAUCAAUUUCUCUCAUCCCUGGGAAAUCACAUAUAGUGGAAAUAAAAGCCCAAUUUUCUGCUAGAAGUGCUGUCAUGUUUCCUCUUAUUUUUAAACUUAGACCAGCUGCAGCAGGUGCCAAUGGCACAGUAAAAUAUCACCUGGCAGAUAUUCAAAUUCUCAUCCAAUCUGAAUUGAUGGACCAGCUAGGUCCUUCAGAACCUUUCUGCCCUUCAAUGGGACCUGUUGUUAAACUUCAAGAUGCUUCAAUUUUACCAGGAAAGCCUAAAGAAAAACGAGCACAGCAACUAGAAUUAACUCACAAACUUAAGAAUUUGGAGUUUGCAAUUCCAAGCAUUUUACUGCGCUUUCUCAACAAUGGGUUUAAAGUUCAAGACAGCAUGACACCUUAUGAAAGACAGAAGCUGGAAGAAGUCAGGUCUCUUCUUCCCAAGCCCAAUUCUUCAGACACACUGAACCCACAAAAUUAUGCUAGUCUUUUGGAGCUUCUUUUGUUUAUUGAGGAACACCAAAUGAGUAGAGAUAUUCAUUAUUAUGAUAUGCAUCAUGCUGUGCUGAGGAAAAUGAAUGAAGGGUUGUGGUUAAAGGUCCCAGGCCUUGUAGAUAAACGCCCAUCACUCUUAAUUAAUGAUACUGUUCUUUUAACAUUUCUCAAUGACCAUUCAUGUGCUUAUGAGGGCUUCAUCCAAAAAAUUGAAAAUUCCUAUGUCCGUUUGGGAUUACAUGAUAGGUUUGUUGAGAAAUAUACAAAUCAACCCUUAGAGGUUCGCUUCACAAUUAAUAGAAGUGUUCUUAGGAGCAUGCACAGAGCUUUGUACCUCAUCACUUACCACAAUGCUUCACAUCUCUUGUUUCCUUACAAAGAGAGUAAACCAACUCAGCAACCUCCUUUAAGGCCAUGGUUUAACAAAAAUAUUUCAAAAAAUCCUGAGCAGCAAGCUGCAGUGCGCAAUAUAGUUCAUAACUCCUCUCAGAAUUCACCUUACUUGGUAUUCGGACCUCCAGGCACUGGAAAGACUGUAACUUUAGUUGAAGCCAUUUUGCAGCUUUGGGAUCCUAAUAGGAAGAAAACUCGUAUUCUUGUUUGUGCACCAUCCAAUUCUGCUGCUGAUGAAAUCACUUCUCGCCUACUUGAAAAAAUGUGUACCAUGGUGCCAUUGACAGUACAGCCAGAUAAUUUGAAGAAACACAUUCUUCGCAUGUGUGCCAUGUCAAGAUCUUACCACAUGAUGCCUGAACAAUUCACUGAACUGGGCAUUACCAACCACGACCCUCGAGAUAGAGAAGUUUACUUCCCUCCCAAACACGUCAUAAUGAGCUUUGAUAUUGUUGUUUCUACUUUUUCAAACAUCUCAAAACUGAUCCUUGCUGAAGUACCUGCUGGUCACUUCACUCACAUUGUGAUGGACGAAGUCGGACAGGCUCUAGAAACGGAAGCUUUGAUACCUUUAGCAGGUUUGGCUACAAAUCCGAAUGCAACCAAAUUCUGUUGUCAGGUAAUAAUGGCUGGAGAUCCUAAACAGCUGGGUCCAAUUUUGCAGUCUCCAAUUGCUGCUAAAUUUGGUUUAGAUAAAUCAAUGCUUGAACGACUAAUGGGUAUGCCUUUGUAUAGUAAGAAGCCAGACACUCAUCGUUAUGAUUCAAAUGUCCUCACUAAACUUGUCUUGAACUAUAGAUCUCAUCCAUCUAUACUGUCUGUACCCAACCAGCUGUUUUAUGAUGAGGAGCUACAGGCCGUUGGUGACAAGAAAGUGACUGAAUCUAUAUGCAAGUGGCAAGGCUUGAAAAAGAAAGGUUUCCCUCUUGUUUUCCAUGGUGUCGAUGGUGUAGAUGAGCGUGAAGGAACUUCCCCUAGUUUCUUUAAUCGUCAAGAGGUGGAAGUAGUUACUGACUACAUCCAGAAAAUUUUAGCUGACAGAAUUGCUGAUGCUAAAGAAAUUGGAGUGGUCACUCCAUAUAACAUGCAGGUGAAGAAAAUGAGAAAAGCAUGUGAUCUACUGAGGUUGCCAGAUAUUGAUGUUGGAUCUGUUGAACAAUUCCAAGGCCAAGAACGUAAAGUCAUAAUAAUAAGCACUGUACGCAGCCGGUUCCAGUUUUUGUCAUUUGAUUAUAUGUUCCAGCUCGGUUUUCUGAAGAAUCCUAAGAGGUUCAAUGUGGCUGUCACUAGAGCCAGAUCCUUACUGGUGAUUGUGGGUAACCCUAAUGUAUUGCAACAUGACAAGUGUUGGCGAGCAUUAUUACAACAUUGUGUGGAUAAUGAUGCAUACACAGGGGUUCCCUUCCAAUUUGAAACUCAGAAGAAUAUUGAAGAUGAUAUUCCUGUCAACUCCAUGUGAAAGGUUUUGUCUGAAAAUUGUACAGCAUUUGUUUUUGUAUUAGUUGCAACAGUUUGACUAGUUAAUUGGAGAUGAAAUUUUGUUGAUAAAACUGCUUUGCUCCUCUUUUGUCUGCCAAACUUUUAUUAUGCUUCUUUGUUUGUUAAUGUCUACAUCACAGGCUUGUAAGAUUUUAUUAAUCAAAUUUAUGAUGGGAUGUAUCUGUGAUUCCAUAAAGAAACUUCAUCAUAUGAUGAGCAUAAAUUUUAAUACAGUAGUGGUUCUCUUUUCAUGCACUAGUCAGAAACAAAGAUAUGUAAGUUGCUCAGUUUUAGUAAAACGUUGUGAUGAACAAAGGUUUUUUUUACUGCUGAUGCACCUUUUAUUUUAUCUUCUCAUUCUUGCUGUCUGCAAUGUGCUUCUAUUUCACUACUGAACAAGUUCUGUGUUUUUUCAACCAUUUCAAUAGUGAUGAACAAUGGUUGUGAGGAAGCAUAUUUUCCUUGUUUUAACUGUCAUUGGUCACUUUUUCUGUUGUACCUGACUGCAUUGUUUGCCAUUUGUUGUUUCCAUAUUUGAACUGUCUAUAAAAUGUUGACUAUACUAGAUUUGCAAAUUAAUGUAGUUUUAAUGUUAAAUUGUAUGUUUUUCUUUUUACCUAUGAUAAUUCACAUUUGAAGGAUUGGUUUCAAUCUCAUAGUAAACCUGUUCUUGAAACCACUCGCCUUACCUUCAAGUUCCGAAUAAAGUCAAUUGUACUUUUUGCAAUAAAAAAAUAUAUAUGAAUUUCCAAGCAUCGACUGUCAAAAAAGACUUCUUUGUCGUUUGGUACAUUGUAAGAACCUCUGCUCUUGCAAACGUGUUAAAAAUAUAUAAUAAAGAUGUAGAUAAGACUUUUAA